AGAUAGGGGUGAUAGGUGCGGCUCUCAAGAAUCAGUUUCUAAAGAUAUUCUUGAUCUUUUGCCAUCUGAUCCCUUUUGGCAUGGAUAUAGUAGUACUUUUACAGCCAUUACUGGUUGGCUUGAGGAUUUGGAGGUCGAUUAUGGUGGGUAUGGAAUGGAUGAGGUUGGGACUGAUGAUGGUAAUUAUCAGUUAUUUGCUGGCUUGAAUUUUAUCUGGAGCAAUGCAAUGAAGUUUCAGACGUUCCCCGCAAACUUGGGAUUUAAUCACAAAUCUGGUGUGGUGAGUGGGUUUGGUGGUUGUUCUGAGAAAAAGAUAACAGAUGAAUCUUGUCAUGAUGCCUUCAGAUCAGGUUGUGAUGUGGAUGAUAUUUUGAUUUUUGGAAAAGAGACUAUGGAAAUUGACUGUAUAAGAAAUGGGCCUAAGAAUGGGAUUUGUCCUGAUGGAGAUGGAGGGGCUCCCCAUGCAGCUUUGACAUUUGCUGUUGGUUGUCUGGGUGUUCGGGAUCUCCUUGUUGUUGAAAAUGUUUGCAGAUCUCUACGAUCUACUGUCCAAGGUGACCCCCUGCUGUGGAGAAAUAUUCACAUUGAGCAACCACUGAACGAGAAGAUAACAGAUGAUAUUCUUUUGCAAUUAACUAAGCGGGCCGAAGGGAACCUGCAGUGCUUGAGCCUGGUGGAGUGCCCACGAAUUACUGAUGACGGUCUGAAACGUGUGCUUGAAAGUAACCCAAGGCUAACCAAGGUUAGUAUUUCGUAUUUUUUCUUUGUUAAAUUUUGAGUCUCCAGUUUUAUAUGCAAGUUUAAAAUUAUUUUGCUAUGUUUCAUUUGGUAAGGUUGAUUUUAGGAGUUUUUCUUUGGCUUUCUUCAUCUAUUUCGUCUAUUUUAAGUACGAAUUUCCUUUGGUAUUAUCAAAUAUUUUGCAUGGUGGAUUUAUGAUUAGCUUAUAAUCUUUUGUUGAAGGCGCUUUAACUUUGAUGGUACUAGGAAUCUUUGGUUGCAUUUUUGUACUUUGGUUGAUGUAUUCUCUCGUCUCCUGGUGUUAUCUUGUUUUUAUCAUUAGUCUUGAUUUCUUAUUUAAUGUUUCUUUGGUUAAAACAAAAAACAUUCACGUGGCAGUAAUUUAAGGGACAAUUAAGUCUUCUGCUCGCGCAGUAUUUGGAUGUGAUUCACGUGGCAAGAAUCGUGUUUGCAACAAAUUCUGUAUGCGCAAACACUUGUUCAUACAGAUAACUUUUUCCAAACCACCUCAAACUAGCAUGUUCCAAGGUCUGGUUUUCCGAAGCUGGAUGUCUGGGAUUUGAACUUCUAAUUCUAGUUUUGAACCUGUUGGUGGGGCAUAGGGUGCAUGUAAAAAGUCUUGUCUAUGUGAAUGAGAAGCCUAGAAAUCGAGACAUCCAGGCUAAGUGACAUGCUACGUAACAAGGAUAUAAGGAUAUGAGGAUAUCUAAGCUGAUGAUGACCUAUGUUUAUGGUUUGUGCUUUGUUUUUGAUGCUUGGUUUAUGGACAUGAGUUGCGGAGUCAUAUACCUUCUCUGUUGACCAUUUAUCAUGGGGAAUGAAUUCUAUUAUGUAAU